UCCGUCGUCCUCGUAUCGGAACCCCAGAUAUUUUUUCAAAAGCCGACGAAGCUGAUUUAGUGAAUAUGGAAUCUAACGGAUCAGUUUCAUCGACAAUUAACAUGGAGAAGUUUCUCUGCGAGCGAUUGGUGGACCAGUCACAACCAAUCUCGGAGCGAUUUAGAGCUCUCUUCUCUCUUCGCAACUUGAAAGGCCCAGGACCUCGCAACGCUCUAAUCCUCGCAUCCAGAGACUCAUCUAAUUUGUUAGCACAUGAAGCUGCAUUUGCAUUGGGUCAGAUGCAAGAUGCUGAAGCCAUUCCUGCUCUUGAGUCCGUUCUUAAUGAUAUGUCUUUGCAUCCAAUUGCAGCAGAAGCCCUUGGAGCUAUUGGUUUGGCGGGUAAUGUUGACAUUUUAAAGAAAAGCUUGAGUUCGGAUCCAGCUCAAGAGGUUCGCGAAACAUGUGAAUUAGCUCUCAAAAGGAUUGAAGAGUUGAGUAAUGUUGAUGCCGAGAACCAGUCAUCAACCGCAGAGAAAUCACCUUUCAUGUCUGUUGACCCAGCAGGCCCAGCUGCUUCUUUCUCUUCUGUCCACCAACUGAGGCAAAUUCUUUUGGAUGAAACAAGAGGCAUGUAUGAGAGAUAUGCUGCACUUUUCGCUCUAAGGAAUCAUGGUGGAGAGGAAGCUGUUACUGCCAUAGUUGAUUCUUUGAGUGCUAAUAGUGCCCUUCUACGUCACGAGGUUGCUUAUGUCUUAGGCCAAUUGCAAAAUAAAACUGCUUUAGCUACUCUAAGCAAAGUACUGAGAGAUGUGAAUGAGCACCCAAUGGUUAGACAUGAGGCUGCAGAAGCGCUUGGUUCUAUUGCAGAUGAGCAGAGCAUUGCUUUGCUAGAAGAAUUUUCAAGGGACCCUGAGCCAAUUGUUGCACAAAGCUGUGAAGUAGCAUUGAGUAUGUUGGAAUUUGAAAAUUCCGGGAAAUCGUUUGAGUUCUUUUUCACGCAAGACCCGCUUGUUCACUAAGAAUGCUUAAGAAUCUCAACCAUUCUUCGUUAAACAUUUACCGACAAAGGCAAGCAAACUUUAGCAGAAAGCAAACAUUUUUUAUAGUGAGAGAAGAAACUGCUACUUUAACAUCUCAUUAUGUACGAUUAUAGAUAACUCUCUUCAUUGUGUUUAAGGUUAAGAUUAUACAUUGUCUGAUGGUAUGGAAGCUUUUCAUUGUUGAAGAAAGAGAACCCUUUUGU